AUCUGGUACCGGUUGUGUUCGGGCAGUCCAACAAUUCUAUCAAGUGAAACGCACUUCGUUUAAACGUUCCUAUUAUGGGCUGACAAACCAAAAAACGAAAAUAGAAGAACGUGGAAUUUUAUAACUUUUAUACCAACCACAAAUGUGAACUGCUUCGAUUUCUCAUUGGCUAUUGGAUUGAAAACCCUGCCGAAAAUAAAAUAAGAUCGAAAGAAGAAGACAUCUUUAAAAAUUACUUAAUAGUUUUUUUGGGGAAAAAAGAAAAUUGAGAAGUUUCGUGUCGAAAAUGAUUAGUUUCAAAGUUAUUGCCAAAAGGAGAUUGUUGGUUGCUGCUGUUUUUGCAGCUAACCUAUCAAUUUUAUCCUGUGGUAUGAUGGAAGCAUGGACAUCCCCAGUACUUCCAAAAAUGCUCGAUCCUAAUCGCACCGAUGACAAUCCAUUAGGUCGAGUGAUAACGCAAGAUGAGGAAAGUUGGAUCGGAGCUUUAAUAUCUAUCGGCGCAUCCGCAGGUCCAUUUAUAGCGGCUUUUGCGGCGGAUCAUAUCGGAAGGAAGUGGACCUUACUAGCCCUGGGAGUUCCUCUAGCAGCCUCCUUCAUCAUGUUGGUCUUUUCUAAUACAAUCGGAAUGAUUUAUACGGCGCGAACAUUAUCCGGUAUCUCGGUUGGAGGAGUUUUCGCAGUUCUACCAACUUACAUAGCCGAAGUAUCAGAAGUGAAAAUUCGUGGGAUGAUGUCAACAACAAUGAACAAUUUUGAAGUAUCUGGAAUGUUAUUGGCUUACGUAAUUGGACCAUAUGUUUCGAUAAAAUUGUUUAAUAUCUUGUGCGCUUUGGUACCAUUAUUGUUCCUAUUGUGUUUCUUGCCUAUGCCGGAAUCGCCUUAUUACUUAAUAGCGAAAGAUAGAAAAGGUUCAGCUAAAGAAUGUUUGAAGAAGUUGAGGAUCGGAUCCACGGAUAGUAAGGUGGAGAAAGAGUUGGAAGAGAUUAAAGAAUGUGUAGAUCAAUAUUUAGGGAGUAAAUACACUGAUAUAAUAUCAAGUAAAAGUAAUUUAAAAGCUUUAUUAAUAAGUUUAGGAUUAAUAACAGCCCAACAAUUAUCUGGAGUAAAUAUCGUUACUUUUUACACUCAACUAAUUUUCGAAGCAACUGGAAGUAGUAUUCCCGCCGAGAUAUCAUCAAUUAUAAUCGGUGCUGUUCAAGUUAUAGCAGCUUUCAUAACACCUUUAGUCGUUGAUAAACUAGGUAGACGAGUUUUAUUAAUGAUUUCAGCAAUAGGAGCUUUAAUUAGUGAAGCUCCACUGGGAUUGUAUUUUCAUUUAAAGAAUAACGACGUCGAUGUCGAGAAUAUUUACUGGCUUCCAGUUGUAUGUUUGAUAGUCUACAUGAUCGUUUUCAACUUUGGCUUUGGACCUCUACCUUGGACGAUUAUGUCCGAACUUUUUCCAGAUAACAUGAAAGCAGUAGCCACGUCACUCACAUCUUUUCUCUGCUGGAUCUUAUCCUUUAUCAUCACCAAGUAUUUCGAAUCAGUGUCCGGGUAUAUCGGUAUCGGCGGAUCGUUCUGGAUUUUUUCCGGUUUCAAUUUACUUGCAGCCUUUUUCAUCUAUUUCUUCGUGCCGGAAACGAAGGGAAAGACGUUUCAAGAGAUUCAGAACGAUCUGCAGCGCUGAUGAACACUUUUAUUUCAAAUGUUAUAAGUAAUUUUAAUAAAAAGAAAAGCCGUUUGUUUCCUUCCUUUGUUGUUAGAUCUUAUUUAUUGUAUAAACAAUAGGUUUGUGUAAUUUUAUGAUAUGUUGUUUUAUAACAUUCGCACAAAAUAUAGUAUUUAUUUUUUUAAUUU